AUGUCCAAGAAGUCUAGUAUUUCUUUUCUCUUAGGUGGCGGUGAUAGUAAUGUUAACAAUAACAUAAUUGGAGGUGCCACAAGCUGCUCCCCAUCAAAGACAGAAUGUUCAAUAUCAAUUCUUCAACAGCCAAUACACUCUAAAGUGACCCCAAGAUCACAUUAUAAUAACAGAAUUCUGCCUCCACUUUCUGAACAUCGCCCGAUUCUUCCGCCACCAGUUUUGAAGUUGGUGAUCAAUCACUCGGGAGACAAUCACCCAAGAACUGAGCCUUCAAUAGUCGAUGAUAGCAUGAAUAUGGCAGAAGAUAAUUUUGAAACCAGGAAAGUGUUAGCUCUGCUAGCUAAUGAAACCCCACUUCCAAAAGACACAUAUUACUCGACGUUUUUUGUAACCGCGGAAAUUGUUGAUCUCAAUGAGCCUGAUACCGAAGGUUCUUCCGAGGACUCCAAAAAUAAAACAUCAUCUUCGUUGGACAAUGAUACUCUUUGCGGAUCCAAAGUUAGCAGUGGGAUGUAUAUCAAAUUACCAAUGAGCAAUUCAAGCAUGACAUCAACCGGCAAUAAGGGUAAAAAAAGAGCUGAGAAUAAAAUGGCAACUAAAAGAAACCACGACUAUGCGGUCUGUUUUGUGUUUGGGGACAUUUCGGUGCGCAAGUUGGGAAAAUUCAAAUUAUUAUUCAAGUUGUAUGAGUUUAAAGACUAUAAAAUUCAAUUCAAGCACAAGAUCCUCAGUGAUGUGUUUACAGUGUAUAGUCAGAAGAAGUUUCCAGGCUCUAUUCCAUCAACCCCGUUGAACACAUUCUUAUACAAGCAUGGUGCUAGAAUCAGACAAAGAAAAUCAAGAACUGAACCUACGAAUGGCGCUGCUGCCUCUUCUUCUAUCAACGUCUCUAAUGAUGAUAACAAUGAUAAGCUAUCUAAUGCCAAUGACAAAAAAAGAAGUUUCAGUCUAACAGCCACAGAAGGUUUCCAAGGUCAUUCAAAUCAUAAAAGGCCUUUGACCAAUAAUCAAUAUCAUUACAUUUCUCCUGUUCCUUUCCACAGCAAUUCACCAUUACCAUCACCAAUGACUACUGGUAGUCAACUGAGUAGUAGUAAUAAUAACACUAAUAACACUUCUCCUCCAAUAUCCCCGGUGUUUCCAUAUUUCGUUGGUUCGAAUGCCGGUGGUUCAUAUCCCAGCCCGGCAGCUCCGGGAAUAUCCCCAAUGUCAUCGACUUUUCCUGUGAUUAACAAUGGGUUUAAUCACCACAAGAAAACAAAUGGCAAUAGCUUUCCUCUCCUCCAACCCCCUCAUCAUCAUCAUCAUCCCCACAACCACCACCACCACCACCAGUUUGCAAAAUAUCCACCUCCAGGUCUGUUUGCUCCUCCUUCUAGUGCACCAAUGAUGCUGGACAACAAUGGUGACAGACCUAACAAUAUCGUCACUGUUGCUUAUAGACAACAUAGCAUUCCUACUUUGAACCCUCCCCCAAGAAUAAGACGAUCAAUUGAUGAAUCAUCAAAGUAUCCCGAGCUUCCGUCACUUCAAACAUUCCAACACUCCAGUAGUAGUAAUUUAUCUUCACCUCCACGCCGUCUUUCAUUCCCUUAUAAUCGUUACCCAGCUCUGAUGCCUCCAGUAUCUGGUGGGCUUCCAAUCAUGGCUGCUAAUUCCAAUGUUAGGGACAAUAAAGGUAAUGGUGAUAAGGAUGGUGAUAACAACGUCAAAGGCACUCCGGACGCUGGGCAGAAGAUCAAACUUCCAUCCUUGAGCGGGUUAAACUUGCUCUAUUAA